AUGAAGUUCUCCGUUGCCACCGUCGCCGCCCUUGCCGCCGCCGCCUACGCUCAGGUUUCCAACUCCACCCUCGCCACCACCGAGGCUCCCGUCACCUCCGCUGCUCCCAUCGAGUCUGCUGAGAACAACGGUACCGAGCUCACCACCGGCACUGUCUCCAUCAUCAAGACCGAGACCAACGUUGUCACCGCCUACACCACCUACUGCCCCUACCCCACCGAGAUUGUUGAGGGCAACAAGACCUACACCGUCACCGAGGCCACCACCCUGACCAUCACCGACUGCCCCUGCACUCGAACCACUACCGUUGUUACCGAGACCAUCACCACCUGCCCCGUCUCCGAGUUCCCCACCGAGCCCAUCACUGAGGGCCCCAAGCCCACCGAGUCCAAGCCUGCUCCUUCCCCCAAGCCCGAGGAGUCCAAGCCUGCUCCUUCUCCCAAGCCCGAGGAGUCCAAGCCUGCUCCUUCUCCCAAGCCCGAGGAGUCUAAGCCCGCUCCCAAGCCCACCGCUUCCAAGCCCGAGCAGCCCGCCGCUUCUACUCCCGUCCAGACCCAGCAGCCCGCUAUCUCCUCCGGCCCUGAGCAGGCUUCUUCUGCCAACAGGGUCACCGUCGGUGCCGUCGCUGCCAUUGCUGCCGCUGCCUACCUUCUGUAA